UCCCAGCGGGCCAAACAUUCGCUGCCCAGUGUUAUGUCGUCGCCCAACUCUCGGAAACGACCCGCUGCAGGCGUUCCUCCCAUGGCUCCCAUGCCUUCCAUCCCCCAAAUUUCCCAGCCGUUCUCCCCGGUGCCGCCGGAUCAGGUCUUUAGAUGGAACAACGGCGUGGAUGGGAGCGGCUUUGUUGACGCCGGACCUCCCGGCGUGAACUCGUUCGCGAUGCUGCCGACGUCAGGCUCAUACGGGCAGGCGAUCUCGACGCCCUCGACUGCGCUGGCAAGGCGGCCAAACAACAGAGCCCUGGUUCCUACCACCCCUCGAGCCCCGUUCGACCGCGCCGCUGACGGCUGGAACGGAUACAACGAAGAUCCUGGGUAUUUCCAGGCCGCAGCCAUGAACAUGGACGAGUACAACAACAUCGAGAGGCUCGAGGAGAUGGCGCAGCGAGCAAAGAGGGAGGCGCAGGCGAAGAGGAAGCAGAUUCCCCCAUUUGUUCAGAAGCUCAGCAGCUUCCUGGACGAGUCGAGGAACACCGACCUGAUCCGCUGGUCUGACAAGGGUGAUUCCUUCAUUGUUCUCGAUGAGGAGGAGUUUGCCAAGACCUUGAUCCCCGAGCUCUUCAAGCAUAACAACUACGCCUCGUUCGUGCGCCAGCUGAAUAUGUAUGGCUUCCACAAGCGCGUAGGCCUCUCCGACAACUCCAUGAAGGCCAGUGAGAGGAAGAACAAGAGCCCCAGCGAAUACUACAAUCCGUACUUCCGCCGCGGCCAUCCCAACCUGCUGUGGCUGAUUAACAAGCCCAAGAGCGGCAACAGCAAGAAGAAGGGAAAGAAGGACGAAGGCGAGGUGGAGAGUGAGGAGGAUGCCGCCGAAGAGACCUACAGCGGGCCGAACCUGGCCGCUUCUCAGGCCGGCAGAGGGCCCGUGUCGAACGAACUAGGGCCUCUCCAGAAGAAGGAUCUGGUGCAGGUCAAAGCACAGAUCGAGAGGAUCCAACAACAGCAGGUCGCCAUUUCCAACAUGCUCAGCAAGAUGCGCCAGGACCAGAACCAGCUUUAUCAACAGGCUGUCCUGUUCCAAAACAUGCACGAGCGGCACGAGAACUCGAUCAAUGCGAUCCUCAACUUCCUCGCCAAUGUUUUUAGGAAGUCAUUGGAAGAGCAAGGGGGGACGCAGACGGUCCAGGAUCUCCUGGCAAGCAUCAUUCCAAAUUCCCAAGCCCACGGGCAGAACCAAAUCUCUCCGACCGGCGUUGUUGACCUCGGCGGUUUCGUCAACCAGCAACCGCAGAACGUCACUACAGUCGCGACGGUGGGCACCCCAAAAAGGCAGCAGCGGCUCCUUCCUCCCAUCCCGCAUCACCAGGCCAGCAAGGCGUCUACCCUGUCUACGUCCACCGCGCCGUCGACUGCACCCCAAGCGGCCCCGCAAGCACCUCAGAUGGGAACGGUUACCGAGUUGUUCGACACGUCUCCCGCCGACACCACCUCCCCGGCUUACAUUAAGAACGAGCUGCAGAACAAUCCCCAGGAGGGGAUGAUGAAGAUCAUUCAGGACACCAACGCAGUCAACAACAGCUCUGGGAUUGACCUGCCGGAGGUGGCCGCCAAGACUUCCGCCAGCAUGAGUAACGACCAGCGCAUGCAGAUGCUCAACAUCAUGGCCGGCAGCAAUGCCACCGCGCCAUCUGGGACAUCCAACGGCAGUUCCGCCGUCAGCUCAACCGCGUCGGUCCCGGUCCCGGUCGCGGCCUCUCCGAGUCUGUCCUCGCUCCAGAUGCCCUCCCUCCAAGACAUGCAGACCACCCAAGCCGAGCUGGACGCGCUCCAACAACUGUCCAACGAGCAGGCCUCUCAGAUCGACGCGCUCACCCACUUGCUCGGGCCCCUCAGCCCGUCGGGCCGCAUCCCGGGCCUCGACGAUCAAGGCACCCCCAACGCGAACUACUUCGACAACGUCGACUACGACCAGUUCAUCAACCCCGGCGCCUUCUCCGACCCGGCCUUCGACGCCAUGGGCCUUCCCGCCAACCCCGCCAACCCCGCCGACGGUACCGACGGCACCGACUUCAACUUUAGCCUGGACGGCAACACGGCUGCGGACUUGGGCGCUACGGCGGCAACGGCGGCAACAACAGCGGCGGCGGCUGCGGCGGCGGCCCCCCUGGCAGGAGACAACAACACCAAGAAGAACACUAGCGCUGCCGGUGGGGUUGACUCGGGCCGCGCGCUGGAGGGAUCGUCGGCGGCGAUCGACACGGCCAAUUCCUCCGGCACAGAGGAGAUCGCCCGCGCUGAGUCGGAGAACCCCGAGCGCGGCUCCAAGCGCCGGCGAAAGGGCUAAGCUCGGGAUCAUUUUUCAGCUCUGGGUUGGGUGGUAGCUUUCGUGGCAAA